CCCACAUUACAUUUCUCGGGCUGAUUCGGGCAUCUUCUUAAGGUCAUCUCCGAGCUUGACCGUUCAUUCCGAGCACGAAUUUGACGACGCUGAGGACAUGGCAGAUCAUAGUGCUCUCAAGACCCACCAACUAUGAUCGCGAGCGGUUCAAGUCGGUGAUCAAGAGAAAGCGGCUGCAGCCGGCCCGGGUAACCAGUCGAUGCGGUAAAUACGUCAUCAUCUGAUCAGCGAUAAGUCAAAAACGUACCCCAAGGCAACAGGCGUUCCCGAUAUUCUCCUCCCUCAGUCAUGUCCUUCCCCGUAGAUCUCACCAAGUUCAAAAAAUUCAAGCUCGACCCGAGCAAGCCCCAGCUCGCUGCGCAGGAGAAAGCGGAUCUCCUGGCGAACAUCCAGCUUCUGCGUGAUGCGAUUGUGUUCUUCACCGCCAGCGGCGCCGCUCGUGGGGUGAGCGGGCACACGGGCGGGGCUUACGACACCGUGCCCGAGGUGUGCAUCCUGCUCUCGCUGUUCCAUGAGGACGUCGAGAAGUACGUCCCCAUUGUCUUCGAUGAGGCUGGCCACCGUGUCGCGACUCAGUACAUGCUCGCUACGCUCGAAGGCUCCCUGCCGGCAGACCACCUCCUGCACUACCGCGAAGCCAACUCGAAGCUCCCCGGCCACCCGGAACUCGGCCUCACACCGGGAGUCAAGUUCUCCUCUGGUCGGCUCGGUCAUAUGUGGGGCCUUGUCAACGGUGUCGCCCUGGCAAAUCGCGGCAAGACCGUGUUCUGUCUCGGAUCCGAUGGUUCGCAGCAGGAGGGUAACGACGCCGAGGCCGCCCGUUUGGCUGUCGCGCAGGGCUUAAACGUCAAGCUCCUCAUCGAUGACAACGAUGUCACCAUCGCUGGACACCCGUCGGAGUACAUGAAGGGAUACAGCGUCGCUCAGACCCUGCAAGGCCAUGGUCUCAAGGUCCACACCGUCGAUGGCGAGAACAUCGACGAGCUCUGGGCCGCCGUCUGCUCGAUCGUCAGCCACGACGGGCCCGCCGCCAUCAUCUCCAAGCGUCUGAUGGCGCCUGGAAUCGUCGAUAUCCAGGGCUCACCGCACGGCCACGAUGUUGUCCCCGUCAAGUCUGCCGUGAAGCACCUGAUCUCCCGGGGCUACCCCGACUUCUCCGACCUCUAUGCCGGCAUGGCAGCUGCGGGCGAUCCCAUCCUGUACACCGGAUCGACCAAAGAGCGCGGCGCCAACCGUGUCGUGUUCGGCGAGGCCGUGAACCUGGUCCUCGACACCCUCAGCAAGGAGGAGGCGGCCGCCAAGGUCAUGGUCAUCGACAGCGACCUCGAGGGCUCGACUGGGCUCAAGGUCAUCCACCAGAAGCAUCCGGAGGUGUUCGUCAUGGGUGGAAUUAUGGAGCGCGGUAACUUCUCGGCUGCCGCUGGUUUCGGAUUCGACAAGGACAAGUUUGGUGUGUUCUCAACGUUCUCGGCGUUCCUGGAGAUGUUGGUGUCGGAGAUCACCAUGGCGCGUCUCAACGAGUGCAAUGUGUUGUGCCACUUCUCCCACUCUGGUGUUGACGAGAUGGUGAGCCAUAUCGGUCAGACACAUCGACUGUUCUCUAACACCUUCCAGGCUGAUAACACAUGCCACUUCGGUAUCAACUCGUUCUUUGCGGACAACGGCCUGUCGGACACGCACUCUUUCCUGUACUUCCCUGCCGAUCCUCUGCAGAUGGUCGCCGUGGUCAAGCGUGUCUUCUUCGAGCGUGGUCUGCGAUUCGUCUUCUCCACCCGUGCCAAAGUCCCGUACAUCCUGAAGGAGGAUGGGAAGACCAAGUUCUUUGGCGACGACUACGAGUUCGUUCCCGGAAAGGACGAGGAGAUCAUCCCGGGUACCGCGGGUUACGUUGUGACCUUUGGAGAGAUGCUGUACCGCUCUUACGAUGCCGUUCUGCGGGCAAGGCGAGCGGGCAUCGAUGUCGGGUUGAUCAACAAGCCGUCACUGAACAUCAUCGACGAAGCUGGCCUCGAUCCCCAAGGUCAGCCCUCGAUUGCCAAGUCGGCCAUUCUCCUCAAGAUCAAGCAGCUUUCGCAGUAGAUUCUGCGUGGAGGGAAUUAGUCAAAGUCAAUGCUGUAUACAUAUGUAUUAUCGAGAUUCGUGUCCCUUUUGAGCGGAUUCGGAGGCGCUUCUAUCGAGCGAGUCGAAAGCGCUUCUAUCGAGCGAGAUAAGAGGCCCCCCGUCGGCACUCAGCAUCGAAUGAGGCCACGAGAAGACAGAGAAUCACAUCACAUAUCUCGACGACGCGUGGCAUGGGCCGAAGAAAGAGGGCAUUGGUUCCGCUGCGGCGGUGCUGGCUCGGGCAUGUCACUGACUCGCUCGUUUGCUUGCUUGCGCUGCGCACCCGACGGUAAAGCCGUCCGAAUCGACCCGGCAUCUUCCACCCGCUCAUGUCUGUUCCCAUGGCCAAAUCGCGAAAAACCCAGCCCCUCACACCGACGGCUACGAUAGCUGGUCACCGACCUGCCAUAAGAGGCGUGCUAUUCAUAAAUAUUAAUGAACACCCCCCAAUGAGCACCCCCACCCAAUGGCGCUAGGGUAGUCCGUAGAUUAUCUGAUUCGGAACCUCGCUGGGGGUUGCUGGGUGUACCGAUCCAGUCGGAGGGUUCUGGCUGCAAGCGCAACCUCG